CUCACGAAGCCCACCAUCCAGAGAGCAGCCGAAGAGGGAGCCGGAGCUAAACAAAAAUCGAUUCUCGUCUCCUGUCGCGUUCUGUUUUCCAUUCUGUCGUCGUCGGUCGUCGUCAAUUCAAAGAUGUCCGCCGCCAAGUGAAAAUAUGUGUUUUGGUGUUGUGCACGUCCUUCAGCCACUUUCCAAGUGAUUUUUCUCGUGAAAACUAACUAAAAUCGGCCGUGAAUAGGUCGCGAGCGGAUGCGUCAAUGUCGUAACAAUCGAAAUGCAUUCGAAUUUCGGGAAUUUGUGAGGUUUUAAGGUGGAAAAACUGCGAUCGCUGGCAAUUGGCUUCGGGGGGAAAAAUCGUUGACGGUGCAGUUUGUGCGAUUGUGUGUGGAGUGUGUGGAGUGGAAAGAUGUUUGCAUCAGCACCAGGCUCGGCAGACGUUGGAAAAGCGGAGGCAAAGCGGUCCUUGUUUCGGUCGUCGCAGCGGCACUAGCGCGAGCACCACGAAUUUCCUAAAAUUCAUUGAUUUUCGUUCGCCUGUUUGGCUGCGGGUCCUUGUCGCCGUUAUUGUCGUUGUAGUCGUUGUUGUUGUUGUUGUCAUCCAUCUGUGCUGGUCCUGAUCCGCGUCGUUGUCGUCGUCGUUGCCGUUUCUGUGUCGUUCUCGUCGCUGUGUCCUGUCACUUGUCCGCCUGACGUCUCCGUGUGUCGUCGUCCGUUUUCCGCAUUUUCCGGAUUUUCCGAGAGAGCCUGCCAAUCGCUUCACCGCAUAAAUAAAUAAUUUGUAUUUAUAAUUUGCAACCGCGGCGGAGGGAAGCGGAGUCCUUCCCAGUUGUCGUGCUCGUCCCAUUCGCGGAGUGUCGUCGGAAGGAUCUUGAGUGGAGCCAGAUGUCCUCGGGACGAGAGUGAACACGGGAAAAGCCAGGAAAACCAAACAAGCUCGGCAAGUCCUGCUUCGCGUUCAGAUUGAUGAAGUGCGUGCCUAGCGAGAGGUCCUGCCGUGUUCAGUUGCGCGAGAGUUCGGCGGAGUGAACCCCAGUGGCCUGCCAGGCAGCGUCCCGGACUCGCUCGCAGUCAUUGACGCGGCAAUUGUAAAUAAUUAAUGUGCGGUGGGCCCAAUUAGCAUCCAAGGAUUGUGGUACAUUCGCCGGAGUUGGUGGAUAACUGCGUUACACACGAAACUAAACUGGUUGGCGGAGAAAGGAUUACAAGGACUGCUGCCGCGGAAGCUGAUGAGGCAUAAAUGCUGCAUGAUCGAGAUUUGCAAGAGCAGCGACACGAUACAACUGCGAUAUCGCGGGACAACAAAAAUAGGAUAAGGAGAAAAUAACAUUGAAUCUGACACAUCACGAUUUGCCCUGGAAAGGAGCUGAAAAAAGACCGGCCCUGCAGACUUGGAGGGUGGUGAAAACGGGCGAAAAUCGAACUACCCACUAAGCGGCAAAUAUCGGCAGAAAUAUCACCAAUCGCAAGUUAGAAGAUGUGGAGACAGAAAUACAUGUGAAACGUAUUCGACCGAACAGAAAUAAUAAUCACAAGAAUAAUCAGAAAAGCAAAGAAAAGCCAUCGUCAUUGUUGUCGACUUAUAGCCCAAAGGCCGGGUGGAGAACGCCGCGAAACGUGAUACAGCCAUUACUUUCGAUAUUCAAAUCGAACAUGUCUCGGUUAUUACAAAAAUUAUGUCAUUUGAUCCAAUUUAGUGCAUUCGUAAUUCUAACAACAUGUGUCCUCGGAAAUUUAAGUGCCUGGCAAGAAAACGUACGACCGAAACUCUAUGUUGAAUUGGGUUCAGAAGAUGUGUUACGAUUCGCGGGAAAUGAAACGGCCAUUGAUCAUUUCAAAUUGGUAUUACGAGAUGGAAACAGUUUACUGGUGGGAGCUAGGAACGUAGUCUUCAACCUGAGCAUACAUGACUUGACUGAACAACAACGACUCCUGUGGUCGUCGCCUGAAGAUGAUGUGAAAAUGUGCGUUAUGAAAGGAAAAGACGAGGAAGCAUGCCAGAAUUACAUCCGCACCAUGGUGAUAACGGCCCCCGGACGCUUGUUAAUAUGCGGGACAAAUUCAUUUCGUCCUAAAUGUCAUUAUUAUCAAAUUAAUGCAAACAACUACUCCCUUGAGGCAGAGAAGAGUGGACAAGUUGUCUGCCCGUACGACCCGAAACAUAAUUCGACUGCGGUUUUUGCAGACAAUGAAUUAUAUUCGGGAACGGUUGCCGACUUUAGUGGAAGUGAUCCUAUAAUUUAUCGAGAGCCUUUGCAGACGGAACAAUAUGAUAGUCUAAGCUUAAAUGCUCCGAAUUUCGUGGGAUCAUUCACACAGGGCGAAUUUGUGUAUUUCCUAUUUCGAGAAACAGCUGUUGAAUACAUAAAUUGCGGAAAGGCCGUAUAUUCACGAAUAGCAAGAGUUUGUAAAUGGGAUAAGGGAGGACCGAAUCGAUUUCGAAACCGGUGGACGUCCUUUUUAAAGUCUCGAUUAAAUUGCUCCAUGCCCGGGGAUUUCCCGUUCUACUUCAAUGAAAUUCAAGCGGCAAGUAGCCUUGUUGAAGGUUCCUACGGUCAUACAACUUCUCGGCUGAUUUAUGCAACGUUCACGACGCCGGUAAACGCUAUCCCAGGUUCAGCUGUUUGUGCAUUCUCGUUGCAGGACAUAUCGGAUACAUUUGAGGGAAAUUUCAAAGAGCAAAGUGGUAUCAACUCUAAUUGGCUUCCAGUAAAUAGUGCAAAGGUUCCGGAUCCACGACCCGGCUCAUGCCACAAUGACUCUCGCACUCUUCCAGAACUUACUUUAAAUUUUAUUAAAACUCAUUCACUAAUGGAUGAAAAUGUGCCAGCAUUUUUCGGUCAACCGAUAUUGGUUAGGACUAGCACUAUGUAUAAAUUUACGUAUAUAGCUGUUGAUCCGCAAAUAAAGACGCCCGGCGGUAAAACGUAUGAUGUUAUUUUCGUCGGAACAGAUCACGGUAAAGUGAUAAAAACAGUAAACGCAGAAUCAGCCGAUUCAAAUAAGAAAGUAAAUUCGGUUGUAAUCGAAGAACUUGACGUACUAACGAAAAAUGAACCAAUACGAAAUUUGGAAAUUGUACGAACUACGACGUAUGAUCAAGCAAAAGACGGAAACUUUGAUGAUGGCAAGCUUGUGAUCGUCACAGAUAGUGAAGUUGUAGCGAUUAAGUUGCAUCGAUGUAAUAGUGAUAAAAUUACAAGUUGCAGCGAGUGUGUAGCACUUCAAGAUCCUUAUUGCGCCUGGGAUAAAAUUGCUGGGAAAUGUCGUUCACAUGGUGCACCGAGGUGGCUUGAGGAAAAUUACUUCUAUCAGAAUGUUCAGACGGGGCAGCAUGCAGCAUGUCCGUCAGGGAAAAUGUCCAAAGAUGCUAAUGUGGGGGAACAGAAGGGAUAUCGUGAUAUGGAUUUAAUGGAUUCACAUAGAAAUAAGGAUGCUAGUGGUGGAGAAAUGAUAAAUAUUAUGCAAGAUAAAAAUUUUGAUGGCAGUGGACCACAAAUCUCUGCCGAUGUCAUAAACGCACAAUACUCAGUUGAAACAUUAGUGAUGGCUGUAUUAGCCGGAGCAAUAUUUGCCCUACUUGUGGGCUUCAUCACAGGCUACUUUUGUGGUAGACGUUGCCACAAAGACGAAGAUGAUAACUUACCAUAUCCAGACACGGAAUAUGAAUAUUUCGAACAACGACAAAAUGUUAACCGUAUUCAAGCUGAACCGAAACUUCUUCCGCAAGUCGAAGAAGUGACAUAUGCUGAACCAGUUCUUCUACCUCAAGCAUCUAGUCAAAACAAAAUACAACAUUCGCCAAAAAAUACAUUAAGAAAACCAAUGCACCAUCACGGAGCCAAUUCCGAAACGCUCUUCCAAUUUCAACCCGAUGGUUAUAAUACUCGUGACACAUAUCGUGGACGUGAUAAUUUCGGUACAUUAAGGUCUCAUCAGGUAUUGGGUGACAAUUACCGACGCGGAGAUGGAUUUUCGACAACACGCAGCGUGAAGAAGGGUCUAAACACAAACACAAGAAAUAGAAGUCUUGGCCGAAUGAGGAGGCAGCCGCCCCGGCAUGGUAUUGUAACUCAACAUCGUUCCGAUAGUCCACAAAAUUCAAGUUCAGGAUCAUCGCCUGUUAUGUCACAUAGUAGUUCUAGUCCUGCGCCACCAUCAAGUAGUCCGAGUCCACAAGAGAGCCCGAAAAACUGUAGUUAUAUAUACCGCGACUGAUUGAUAUAUAACACUAAAUCCAUGCCCCUAAUAU